CUCAUGGGCAUUCGAUUUUAAAGGCUUAGCUUUGUUCCUCUGUCGCCUUGGAGAAUCUCCAGAAGCGUAUCAUGUGGCCUUCGUCUCGAAACUCUUCGCAGCCUCAAGCUAUGAGACAAGAAAAGAAGUCGAUAUCUGUGAGUUUUAGAGCAGAGAAUCUCAUACCAGGGGUUGUGAUAGGAUUCAUCAUAGGUAUGAUAUUGGAUUUAUCACAGCAAGUGACCUCCCCAGUGAAAAGGAGCAGACUUUUAUCCAGCAAGGUCCAGAAGCAGAGUUCUGUACCAGGCAAUGGCAAGGACCAAGAGCUUAAAAUGGUACUGGUAGUUAGGCAAGACUUGAAGAUGAGAACGGGCAAAAUUGCGUCACAGUGUGCACAUGCUGCCACCGGCAUGUAUGCAGAGUUGAUGCAGAGUGACCGAUACCUUCUGCGGCGAUGGGAGGAAAAUGGGCAGCCAAAGAUAGUCGUCACUUGCAAAAACCAGCAAGAAAUGAAUAAGAUCACAGAGGCUGCUGAGAGCGUUGGCCUCCCGACUUUUGUUGUAGCUGAUGCUGGAAGAACUGAGGUUUGUCGUGCUUGAUCAAUUAUUGAGGCUGAAAGUAUAAUCAGAGCUCCUCCUAUUCAAAAGAAAAUCUAAAAGUUUCUACUAAUCAAAUAGUUAGAACUAUAGAAGACAUAAACACCAUCCGACCUAUUGAAACACGAAAAGACUGCUCUUGAAUGAAAAUUAUUUGUGAAUUUUCUGUGGUAGUAGUACGCUAACAAGUUUCUCUGGAAACUAAAACUCUUCCUUUAACAGGUUGCGGCUGGAUCAAGAACAGUUCUUGCAGUUGGACCUGGACCAAAGGAGUUGGUUGAUUCCAUAACUGGUAGGCUGGCUUUACUCUGAUUCAGGAGCUUUUUCUUGGCGUAGUUCCUCUGGGAUUUUGAUUUCUCCAGGAUUAAGGUUAAUUCAGGCAAGGCAAUGUUGUUGUGUAAUGAUUAUUCAAGGUACAUGUUAGAUUUGUUGUUGGUUAAUUUGCUUGUAGUAGUUCUUCCACCGGUUUUUUGGAGUUGAAUUCAUGUAAAUUUCGAUUACAUUCUGACACUUUCAAGUUUUUACCGCUGUAGUAUAGGGUAUUGGCUUCCAAAACCAAAGUAACAACCAGAAUUUCAUAGUUAAAAUAACAAUAUUUUAACUAAUAAAGGAAACAUUCUCAUA